UCAGUAGCCUCAUGAAUAUGCAUUCUGUCAUCACUGUGGGAGUUAACCUCGCUCCAUUAGUGUUUAAAUUGCAGGACGUGCCCUUGUCUUUCUGCCUGCAAACGCCUGACUGGGGGAACACUGAGGAAAAAGGCAGAGCUUGGGGUCUGCUGCAAAAACUAAUCACACACUAUGGAAACCAUUGGCGAGAUCAUCCCCUUCGCUAAGGAGAUGCUAAACCAGAGGCCAGGCCGGAGCAUGUUGAAGAUCUACAUGCUUGGCUCCACUCUGGCCAUGCUCGGAGUCGUUGGCGGACUGGUGGAGACUGUUUUGCUGCCAUUUGUGCAGGAGCAGGAGACUGUUGAUGAGGACACGUCAGCAGAGCAGAUUGGGGAGAUGAUGAUGAAGAAGGAGAAGCACACUACCUUGGUUCACCCUGAAAGUGUGGACGUGCUGGAGACAGUAGAGAUCAAAGCCAAACAUGCGACUGUUUGGCAGAGAAACUCCAACCGCUUACAUGCUUCUUAAAGAAACCCUCCCCUCCUGGUGUAAAUGGACACUUGCAAUGUUAAUGCUAAUGGUGGUAAAUUAAAUCACCACAUUGAACGGGUCACUUUGUACCCGUUCUUUUAUGUCAGAUUUGGUUGAAUAUGCAAUUUGCCCCCGUUGACUGGAAAAAAAAUGAGGAGAUACACUGAAAACUGCAGGGUACAGUAAUGUCUGGCUGCUGGGCAGCAGAUAUUUGUGGAUGUGACUUGAUGAAUGUGUUGGGAAAGAAAUGGAACUUGUGUGAUUAAAUUCAUUUUGCACUCUAAUAAAGCUAUUUUUCGGCUAG